GCACGGCCUUAUUGGGUGUUUCAGGCUACUUUACAGUGCGUCUGAUACGUGACAUGCCCAUUGUGUCUCUCAUCUCGCCAUCGCUAGUCUCAAAGGGGCAAUUUCUUGGUUGAAUGCCCUUGACCUUGAGCCUCCGCUCUCUCCUCGAAACUACACCAAAAUCUUUGUCCCCUACUCUUGGUGGGUUGCUGAGCUUCUUCAACUCUAACUCGAGAGAUCUGCAUCAUCCUCUCAUCCUUGAUUGUCUUUUUCUUUGCAGCUGCGUUUCAAGACGCACAGCGUUUUUUUAAUCCUUUUUCUUUGAUAUUACCAUCAGGAUCGCGAUAAGCAAUCGCGAGGAACCAAGGCAAGGCUGCUAGGCGUCUUCAGACAGUCAGAAACAAGGUGAGUAGACUUGAGUUGACUUGAGCUUUGCAGUGUGGCCCCACGGUGUUGCACAUCCCUGUAUCGGAGGGGCACAUUCGCUUCUCGCCCACUGCCAUUCCAUACGACGACGGACGGAGGUUCUAUCCCACUAUACAUACAAGCAAGAGUCCACCGCUGGUCUCUCGUCUCUCGUCUCUCCCCUCUCCCAGACUCCUUCACAAUUGCCAUCUCUAUCUUGCCCUGACUGGCUCAAGGUUUGCGCAUUGCUGACUGUUGACGAGUAGGAGCUGUGGAGCUUAGCUCAUGUGAAAGUCGUUCACAAAGUUUCCAUCUCGCUUCUGCGCCCCUCUUCUCUACAUCCGCCUUCUGCGACGUUCAGAGACGUUGUCAACACUACCGCAGCCAUGUCCUCCUGGGAACCCGCCCCCGAUUCGCUGCAGCAGCUUGCUGCUUGCCUCAAAGACUCCCUCAGUGGUUUCGACAAGAGUGCUCAGAAGCAGGCUGACUUGAUGCUUCAACAAGCCAAGAAUUCCCCCGAUAUCAACAACUAUCUCGCAUACCUCUUCUCAAGCUCUUCGCCUCCCAAUGGCCUUCAAUUUUCGGAGCAAGAUUUCCACCUCGUGCGCUCCGCCGCUGGCAUCAUGCUCAAGAAUAAUGUUCGAACCGAAUGGAAGACCAUCCCCGAAUCCAACCUCCAGCUCAUCAAGCUCGCGGUCCCAAUGUGCCUGCAAGACAAAAACUCCCAGAUCCGCAACUUUGCUGGAAAUAUUGCUACCGAAAUUGUCCGCCGUGGAGGCUUGCUCAGCUGGCCGGAAUUACUUCCUCAGCUCCUCGACUUGGUCGGUAACACAUCUGGUCAAACUUCGAAUGAAGCGCAAGAGGGUGCUAUGUCUGCUCUGGCCAAGAUCUGCGAGGACAACUUCCGUCAGUUGACCAAGGAAGUCAACGGCCAGCGACCCCUCAAUUAUGUUCUUCCCCAUUUUAUCGCGGCCACCAAGAGCCCUCUGCCCAAGGUCAGGGCUGGCGCGCUGACUGCCAUCAAUGUCUUCACACCUCGAGAAUCACAAGCCAUGCUUAACUCCAUCGAUGACCUCCUCCAGCAUCUGUUUGUUCUGGCCAGCGAUGACAAUGUCGAUGUUCGACGACAAGUUUGUCGUGCCUUUGUUCACCUAGUUGAGACGCGACCCGACAAGCUCCAGCCGCACAUUAGUGGCCUCGUCGACUAUAUAAUAUCCCAGCAGAAAGGCGACGAUGAGGACUUGGCCUGCGAAGCGGCCGAAUUCUGGCUCGCCGUGGGAGAACAUGACAAUUUGUGGAGGGCAUUGGAGCCGUACAUCAAUAAGAUUAUUCCUGUCCUUCUCGAGUGCAUGGUCUACAGUGGAGAGGACAUUGCCCUCCUUGGAGGUGCUUCAGAUGACGAGGAGGAGGAGGAUCGUGAAGAGGAUAUCCGCCCUGCAUUUGCCAAGAAGGCCCUUGCACGAAAGGCCAACGGUGAGGUCAGCGAAUCCGCAGAUCAAGCCCAGAAUGGAAAUGGCUUCGAGAAGCUCGGUGGAAUGGACGACGAUACCGAGGAGGGAGAAAUCGAUGACUACGAUGACGGUGAUGACGCCAACCCUGACGAGCGAUGGACCAUCCGCAAGUGCUCCGCCGCCGCUCUCGAUGUUUUCGCCCGCGACUUCCAAUCUCCUGUUUUCGAGGCCAUCUUCCCCUAUCUGUCACAGCAUCUGAAGCACGACGAGUGGCCUCAGCGAGAAGCCGCUGUUCUCGCGUUAGGUGCCGUUGCUGAUGGAUGCAUGGACGUUGUUGUCCCUCACUUGCCUGAGCUCGUGCCUUACCUCAUCUCUCUUCUCGAGGACUCGGAGCCUGUUGUGAGACAGAUCACCUGCUGGACCCUUGGUCGAUAUUCGGCAUGGGCUGCCAAUCUGGAGGAUACAAACAAGGAUCAGUUCUUCCUUCCUUUGAUGGACGGUAUCCUCCGCCAUAUGUUGGAUAAGAACAAGAAAGUACAAGAAGCUGCUGCAUCGGCAUUCGCCAACCUCGAGGAGAAGGCAGGUAAGAUCCUUGAGCCUUACUGUGGCCCCAUUAUCCAGCAAUUCGUCCAUUGCUUUGCCAAGUACAAGGAUCGCAACAUGUACAUCCUUUACGACUGUGUACAGACACUGGCAGAGCAUAUUGGACCUGCCAUGGCCGCACCUGAGCUGUCUGGCAAGCUGAUGCCUGCCUUGAUCGACCGAUACAACCGUGUAUCAGACCAGUCACGGGAGCUGUUCCCUCUGCUAGAGUGCCUCUCUUAUGUGGCGAUGGCACUCGGUGAUGCGUUCGCUCCCUAUGCUGAGCCUAUCUUCCUUCGAUGUGUCAACAUCAUUCACGUCAAUCUUGAGCAGACUUUGGCCGCUGCUGGUAACCCCAUAAUUGACCAGCCUGACAAGGAUUUCCUGGUAACAAGUUUGGACCUUCUUAGUGCUAUCGUUCAAGCUCUCAACGACGAUAAGUCGGCUGCGCUGGUCAAGAGCUCUCAACAGUCCUUCUUUGAGCUCCUCAGCUUCUGCAUGGAGGACCCCAGUGACGAAGUUCGACAAUCUGCUUAUGCACUGUUGGGAGAUUGCGCUAGAUACGUCUAUCCCCUACUACAACCAUACCUUGGUACAAUUAUCCCCAUCCUGCUGAAGCAGCUUGAUAUGGACAGCGUCCUUGAUGAGGAUAUGGAUAGUGGGUUUGGCGUCGUCAACAAUGCCUGCUGGUCGGUUGGCGAAAUUUCAAUGCAACACAAGGAGCACAUGGGUCCAUGGGUUCAAGAGCUUCUCCAACGGUUUGUUGAGAUCAUGACCAACCCUCGUGUUCCCAAAGCGCUGAACGAAAAUGCUGCCAUGGCUUUGGGACGCCUCGGCCUCGAGAACUCGGAACAGCUUGGACCUCAUCUUUCAACUUUUGCAGAGGAAUGGAUCAGCAUCAUGAAUGAGGUCGAUGCAACUGAGGAGAAGGCGACAGCUUUCAAGGGAUUCUCUAUGAUCGUGGGACGAAACCCCCAGGCCAUGGAAAAGGAGUUGCUCAACUAUUUCACGGCCAUUGCCCGUUAUCGUGACAUCGACUUGAAGAGCCCAGUCAGGCAGGAGUUGCAUGAUGUCUUCCAAAAGGUCAUCGAUAUCUACAAACAAAUAAUUCCAGAGUUUAGCAACUUUGUUGGCCAGAUGCAGCAACGAGACCGACAAAAUUUGGAGUCGCAUUACACUCUGUAGUAUGGGAUGGCGACUGAUCUCGGCCUUCUUAUUUCUUGAAGGAAUGACUCAAGGGUGGCAGUGGAAGUGGCUCGUCGUUAUUACAUAGUUAUAGAUAGCACUGAUUCUUUUUAUCGCAGUAGAUAGCAUGGUGCGGGUUGCAUGGCGAAGUUCAAGGGGGUUUAUGAAAAGUCUUGGAGCCAUUUUGAUUGAUGUUGAAUGAUGGUAUGAACUGACGAGGGUCGCAGUGCGACAUUGACAUUGGGAGGAGGACGAGAUACCUGAGGGAAGCUGGAACUGGGAAAUGGGAUUGGGAGAAUGGCGACAUGUUAUGCCAUGAGUAGAUAGAAGUACUCGGAUUCAUGGGCGGAGUUGAUGGGCAUUUAUGGGGUCCGAGUUAGAUAGAUAGGCUACUUUAUUAUGCUGCUGCAAGCUGGAGCAAUGUCACUCAAGUGUAGAAGAUCACCAGGUGGAAGGUAAUAUCACUGUAGCAGUUGAAUCCCAGAGUUAUCUCGUCACCAUCUUGUCACAUUGCAAUAUCAGGCACCUAAUCAAAUUUCAAGUCUCAACGACGG